CCAGGAAGUUGCCCGGCAACGUCGGGAGGCAGCGCAGAAAAAUAAGCUUUUACGGGAAGAAUACGUCUCCUUCUACCGGCCAUGGCGCUUGGCAGUAUGGGAAAUGGACCAGCAGAAGAAAGAAGAGGAGAAGAAGGCCAACACGCCGGGCUCAUCGACUCCUCCUGGUGGAAGCACCCCUGCAACAGAAGGACGGCGGUUCAAGGGGAACAGCGAGCUGGAUUUCCAGAAUGCGCUGCGGGCGUCAGCUAUCUCGGCGCAGGAGGAGUUGGAGCGUCGCAAACGAAUGGAAGCCACGGCACGUCCCGAUCUCGACCGGGAGGCCGUCAUCCCCGACAUGCUCGAGCCGCAUGAGAAGAAAGCAGGCAUCUUCAAGGAUACGAACAACAUCGUUGAUGCUGCUGACGCCUAUGAGGUGUUUGGCUUCUACCCGCCGCCCAAUGACUUUACUCCGGAAGAACACAAGAUUUUUACGGACGCGUUUAUGGCACAUCCGAAGAAAUGGGGCAAGAUUGCCGAGGAGCUCCCGGGACGCGACUUCCAGCAGUGCAUCAUCCACUACUACCUGACCAAGGAGGAGAUCAAGUACAAGGCCAAGCUCAACAAACGGUGGACGCGCAAGGGACGUACCAGGCGAUCGACCCGGCCCAAGUCCAACGCCCUCAUGGCCGACCUGAACGGCAUCCGUCCCGACGAAGGCGAAGAGGAAAGCGUCCCCGUGACCGACACCGGCCGUCCCAAACGCGCUGCUGCGCCUACCUUUGGCGAUUCUUCGACCGACGCUGACUCGGGACGCCGUGGAAAUGGUGCUAAUAAGGAUAGCGACCAAGCGGAGAAGCCUGCUGGCAGACGGGGCGGCAGGACAGGUACUGGUUCGCGUGGUGGACGCAGAGGAAAAGCGGCCCAGCAACAGCAACAGCAGCAGCAACAACAGCAGCAGCAACAGCAGCAACAGCAACAAGAACAAGAACAACAAGCACAAGCGCAACCACCACAAGUUUCACAGCCAACGACACAGCAGCCUCUCAAUGCACAGACGACCGCUGCUUCACCCGUUCCUCUGAUGGCCAAACAAGAACCGGGAACCAUGGACGGUGCGGUAGAGACUAUGGCCCGUAUCAAGGAGCAGCCAGAGCGAGAUGCGGAAGAGCUGCUGCCCCGAUCCAGGUCUUCCAGAACUCGCGGUAAGGAAGGCGUGUACGUGUUCGAGGCGGGCGAGCCUGAACCGGCGACGACUAAGGCAGCGCCCGAGACGGGCUAUGGAUCGAUGCAGCCGACCAGCUAUUGGUCUGUGCCUGAAGUGCGGGACUUCCCCGUGCUGCUGGCGCACUUUGGCAGGGAUUUCGAGGGCAUCUCGAAUUUCAUGAAAACCAAGACGCCGAUCAUGGUACGUCAUUUCGCAUUUUUUUUUGUUUCGUCUGAUUCGUUUCCUGCCUGCAGAUCUCGGUUACGGCCCGUCCCGACAGUGUGUGACGUGGACCUUGAAAAUUCCCCAUUUUUAGCCUUGCAUUUCCCCGAUGUAGCGGUACUUUUUUUCUGCUAA